UCUUAAGCGAUCGCGAUAGCUUGAAGAGAAGAAGAUGACAGACACCACAGAUGCAGAUCGUAGCACAAACGUAUAUAAAAAUGCUUUCCAAAAAUAUAUGUUGCAGAUUGAUGAAGCUCUGGGGUUGUAUCCAGUGACAAUGUCACAGCUCCUCUACAGUUUUGGCUGUAUUAGUGACAAAACGUUAAACGAGAUAGAAGGGUCAGGCAAAAGCACCGAGGGAAGAAAAACGGUCUUGAUGAAAGCCCUAACCUACGCCAUCAAAAUUAAAGGGGAGAAGCUGAACCUGCUGGCUGAUGCCUUUUUGCAGUUUGAAGAAACUUCCCCCCUUGCAAAUCAACUAAGAGUUACUGAUUCUGCAGAAAUUGAAGAAGUAGAAAAUCCUUCACCAGAUUGGAGUACUAAAGUAUGCCCCAAGGAGAAAGCAAGCUGUAUUCUAAGAUAUCACUAUGCUAAACUUGCAGUGCUAUUGGAUGAUACAAAGGUAAUUGCAAAUAUUCUUUGUGGUGGAAGAGUUAUCUCGCAAAAUGAUUCAACUGAUAUCAAACACCAAUCUCUCGUUGAAGAUUCCCGGGGUAUACUACUCAAAGCUGUCCGCAAAGCAGUUUCAAGUAAUCAUCUACACUUAAAAACGUUCAUUGAUGCAUUGAAAACAGCUGAAUAUGAUGCCAUAUCAAAAGAUUUAUUGAAAGACUAUCAAGAGCAUAUAGAGCAAGACAGUUUUGCAAGAUCCAGGAGAGAAUCAAACAGUAUUAAUAAUUAUGUAAAUAUUUUAUCCUUUAUUGUUACAGGAACAGUUUCAAAAGAAAUUAUAGCUGCUAAUGAAAAUUUUGCUGGAAUACGAGCCAUUUUUGAGAAAGAUUUUGAUUUAAUUUGUAAAAUUAUCAAAAAGCAUCGAUUUACCCUUGAAGAUUUGAAGAAAUUUGUCAAAGCAUAUUCAGAUGGCUACAUACCUGAUAUAUCAAAGCAAGAUACCAAGGGUGUUUUAGAGUUUGUGUGCGACAAAUGCACAUUGAUUGAUAUCAACUACCUGGAGGCUGUUGUUCAAGAAUUUGAUGUAGCAAGUGCUAUAAUACAUAUACAGAGUUUUACUACCAAUAUUAAAGAGUUGUGCCGAUAUGUAACAGUCCGUAAUGUUUUAGAUGAGAAAUUUUUUCUGUCUAGAUCCACUCAGCUCCUUAAAAAUGAUUUGGCCAUUGAAAUGAUUAUAGAUCAGAAUCCAGACCACAUUACACUUCAAUUCAUCAAAGAUGCCAUUUCUACCUCGUUUGGUUCGCUAGCAAAAAGUGUUCAACUCGUUAACAUCAAAGAGAUUGAUGACAUGCUCCUGGUCACUUGCCUCUUUCCCAAAUACUUGUCAGCUUCUGUACUUGUGCCAGAGUCAGCUAUGGAGUUAAUGCAGAGGAGGGGUCUGGUUGAACUGACAAUUGAUGGCAGCAUUUACUGGAAAAAGGAGAAGGACCAUAUCAUAACAAAAAGGACCAUUCCAAAUGACCAGCACCAAUUGGAAGAAGUGGUCAAGGAACUGGAAGAGAGUCAAAAAGAGUCAAGAAGGCUGUCCAUGGAAGUGAAGAUACUAAGAGAGGGCUUGAUGCAUGAUAGCAACAAUGGAAUAGAAAUGCAAGAAACUGUUAUUGGAAAUGAUGAUGAAACUGUUGAGAUGAAGGAUGCUGCUACUCAAGCCAAUAUCUUAGAAAUUAAUAGAAAAAAGAUAAUAGUUGAAUUGCUCAAGGAAAGCUUAGAUCAGACCCUAGGGUUUAAUAUAGAAGAAGGACAAGGAGCAAUGUAUGAUGAUAAGGAGCAAUCCGUGUUUAUUACAAAAAUAACUCCUGGUGGGCUAGCAGAAAAAGAUGGUAGACUAAAGGCUGGAGACUGCAUUGUUUCUGUUAAUGGUGUUUAUAUAAAUACAAAAGCAAAAGCUUUAGACUCUUUGACAGCUACUACCAAUUUGUAUGCAAUCAUUGCAAUAAGAGAGUCAAUAUCAGAAAACACAAAUACACAAUACAGCCAGUACUCACCAAGCGUCAACAAAAAAGUUAAAAGAAGAUCAAUGAUAUAUCGCCCAUCAGUGCCUGGUUGUGUAGUGAAUUUUGAAAAGUGUGCAUCAUUACCAGUGGCAAUCACCAAUGCCCAGGCAGUAUUGUACCGGAAUAAGGUCAUGGUUGGUGGACAAGAUGUACCCACUGGAGCGGAUUAUAUACUGGAGUAUGACAUUAGGGCCGAUAACUGGCAGGUCUUCAUUAAAAGUCCUGUCCACUUGUUUGCUUUGACUGUCUUUCAGAACCAGCUCCUAGUUGUUGGUGGAUUCGACUUCAAUCAACAAAAAUAUUCAGCUCGAGUUUACUCCCUGUACAUCGAUGAGCGAAACCAUUUUCUACGCGAUGAUAUCAUUCCUCCUAUGCUAACAGCUCGUGCACAGGCUAGUGUUGCAAGCCAAGAUCAAAAUAUUGCAGUAGCUGGAGGAAGAGAUGCGAAAUCCAACCUGCGAUCCAUUGAAGUGUUUCAUGCACCAACUGCACAAUGGCACACUGCUCACUCUUUGCUCAGCGAAAGAAGCUCAGUGAGAAGUAUUCUACAUAAAGGAAGCUGGUACUUACUAGGGGGAGAUAUGGAUCCGAGUGUUCGAUCAAAGAACGUGCGAUUAAAAUUUAAAAUGUUAGCUAGCUCUGCAGUUCAAAAGUAUGGUAGCAUUUCAUACAUGAAGACCAUUCAGAAACCUGGCAAUGGUGAAGGAGCGCACUCAGCAGUCGUUACAAUUAAUGACAUGAUUGUUGUUAUUGGGGCAGGAGGGACGAGGAAGAUAUACUCGCUCUGCAGAGAGGAGGGUCCAAUCUCGUGGAUUGAACUUGGGGAGUUGCCAAUAGUUUUAACGGAUUCAUGUGCAGUUACAUUGGAAGAUCAGGUUUUGCUCAUAGGAGGAAAGGAUGAAAAUGGAAAAAUUACUGAUUCUGUUUAUUUUAUGAACUUAUAUUAAAUAAUCUUCAUAUAGUUUAUGUAUAUAUAGUUUAGUUCAUUUGAUGUAGUUUAUGACUUUGUAAUUAUUAUUUUUAAGAACUUUUAUUAUUACGUUUCUGUUUGUAAUCACUUUAUACAAAAAAAUACUUGUGAUGUACUUUAAAAUAUUUAAAUUUAUAAUACACAAUAGAAUCUACAUUAUAUAGUUCACUAUAAAUCAUCCUUAUUAUUAUAAUUUCUAA